UAUUCUUCCUUUCAGCACCAUCUGUAUUUUGCAGUUCAGUGGUCUCCCUCCUCUGGAGCGAUAGUUACCUAGGCAUUGCUGCACAGACAGUAGCAGCAGUACUCUGAUACCUUGAGAUCAACACUGCCAGACGCCAAACUGAAAGUCCACAUAGUUCCAGCUAUGGCUCCUCCUGUCCGUCAUCGUUCCAUGCGUAUCUUUAUGAAUGAUGACCGCCACGUCAUGGCCAAACAUUCGGCCAUCUACCCUUCGCAGGACGAGCUGGAGGCUGUCCAGAAUAUGGUUUCUCACAGCGAGCGUGCCCUCAAGGCUGUCUCUGAUUGGCUGGACGAGCAGGAGCGUGGCACUGUCAAACCAAACCCUACUGAGUCUGAAGGGGACAGAGAUAAAGAAAGUGAGCCCAAGGCAGUGGAUCAGCCCACACGCUCCCUGCGUGGGGUGAUGAGGGUGGGCUUGGUGGCCAAAGGCCUGCUGCUCAAAGGAGACCUGGAUCUGGAACUAGUGCUGCUCUGUAAGGACAAGCCAACAGGCACACUGCUGAAGAAGGUGGCCGAGAACCUCACCACACAGCUCACGCUUAUCACAGAAGAGAAAUACAAGGUCAACCCAUGUGUCCCUGAUGCCGCUAUCGUGAUCAAAAACACCAAACAGCCCCCUCUCGCUCUCACCAUCCACCUUACCUCACCAAUCGUCCGGGAGGAGGCUGAGAAGCAGGCCGCCGGAGAAACGCUAUCAGUCAACGAUCCCCAGGAUGUACUGGACAGGCAGAAAUGCCUGGCUGCCUUGGCGUCUCUUCGCCACGCCAAGUGGUUCCAGGCCAGGGCCAAUGGGCUGCGCUCCUGUGUCAUCGUUAUACGGAUCCUUAGGGACCUCUGCACACGUGUCCCUGCCUGGGCCCCACUCAGAGGCUGGCCUUUGGAACUUCUGUGUGAGAAGGCCAUUGGCACAGGGAACCGGCCUAUGGGAGCAGGGGAGGCUCUUCGACGAGUUCUGGAGUGUUUGGCUUCAGGAAUCCUGAUGUUUGAUGGCCCAGGCAUUUCUGACCCCUGUGAAAAAGAGCCCACUGAUGCCAUUGGUCAUGUGGACAGCCAAAAACGAGAGGACAUCACCCAGAGUUCUCAGCAUGCCUUGAGGCUUUCAGCAUUUGGACAGCUUCACAAAGUACUUGGCAUGGACCCACUGCCUUCUAAAAUGCCCAGAAAACCAAAGAGUGAAACUCCCAUUGAUUAUACAGUUCAGAUUCCCCCAAGCACAACCUAUGCUCCACCCAUGAAACGGCCUAUAGAGGAAGAAGAGGGUGGUGACGAUAAGAGUCCUAAUAAAAAGAAGAAGAAACUGCAAAAGAAAUCCCCAGAAGAGAGGGCGGAGCCUCCCCAGGCCAUGAACGCUCUGAUGCGACUGAACCAGCUUAAGCCUGGUCUACAGUAUAGGCUUAUUUCCCAGACUGGUCCUGUUCAUGUUCCUGUCUUCACCAUGGCUGUUGAGGUUGAUGGGAAGAAUUAUGAAGCCUCUGGCCCUUCUAAACGCACUGCCAAACUACAUGUAGCAAUUAAGGUUUUGCAGGACAUGGGUCUGCCCACAGGGGUGGAGCAAAAGGUUGCUGAACCAGUAAAAACAGAGGAGGUGGCCACCACCACAGCCACUACCACAACCACCACCAGCACCACAAACACAACCAUAGAAGAGGAUGUGAAAACCUCAACCACACCCACUGAAACCGAAACCCUAUCCACUGUGACUACAAAUUCUGAGCCCACCGAGAGUGUUGAGAGUGCUCGGCAGCAGGGCCCCAUUUUGACCAAGCAUGGCAAGAACCCAGUGAUGGAGCUGAAUGAGAAACGCAGAGGCCUCAAGUACGAGCUCAUCUCAGAGACAGGUGGCAGUCAUGACAAACGCUUUGUCAUGGAGGUGGAGAUAGAUGGACAGAAGUUCCAGGGAACGGGCUCCAAUAAGAAGGUAGCAAAGGCCUAUGCUGCCCUUGCCGCCUUAGAGAAACUCUUCCCAGAGGGCUCUGUCUCGGAGGGAGCCAAGAAAAAGAAAUCCUUGCAUACUCCUGGCUUUGGAAUGAUGAGUGGUCCACCUGCUGACCCAAGUGCCAAUCCCAGAGGCAGAGGAAGAGGGCGGGGUAGGGGCAGAGGGUUUAAUAAUGGCGGAGGAUAUAAUCAAGGUGGCUAUGGGAGUUAUGGUUAUGGGAACAAUGCUAACUCUGGCUACAGUGACUUUGUCUCAGACUGCUAUGGCUACCACGAGUUUGCAACAUAGAACAUCCGAUGUUUUCAAUAUUCAUGCGAAUUGUAAUUGACAAAAAAGGGAGGGGGAGCGGGAAGCUUUGUACGCAGUACAAUCCAUGACAAACUUCCAAUGGAUUUAAGUCCUCUUAUCUCUUUGUGCACCAUAAAACCCAGCAAUCGCCCAGCACUGCACUAUGGAUUCCACUGGGACUCAGCUGCCACCUCUCCCUGCAGACAAUGGAGGGGGGAAAUGACAGUUUGCUUUUGACUGCAGCAAUUACUGACACAGUAGUAAUGCUCUCCAAAUUAGAUGAUGACUUGAAGGCUGGCAGUGGCAGGAGGGGAUGGACAGAUUGAGAGUGCUAUCUGGCCCAAUAUUGUGGAUAUUCAUUGCAGCACUAAAAAACACUUUUUUUUUUCUUUUUUUUUGUGUGCGUGUCUACAAAUGUUAUAAUAACUCACUUCCAUGCAUUGCCAUUCAUUUUUGAUUCAGUGUUAUUCUCUUGGUUUUUAAGAUGUCAUUUCUAUCUGACAAAUUGGAUUUGUCAUAGUCCAUAUAAAUUCUGAAAAUAUUUGAAGUACCAUGAUAUGGAAUGAUGCUGUGAAACACUACAGAGACCUACUGACUGCAUUUAAGUUUUUUAUGGAACAUAUUUUGUAUCUUUUUUUUUUUAAUAAACGUGAGGUUCUCUUUUGAAGCUCUGUGAGAUACAUGCCAGGUUUGUUUUAAUUAUUAUGUGAGAUGUUGUGUUUGCAUUGACUUUGACAUAGUCAUCUUUGACAUGGUUCUGAAUGUCUUUAAGGAGCUUGAUAUAAGAUUUUUUUUUUUUUUGUUCAUUCUAAUACAAUUAGCAUAAUUAUUGUACUUAAUCAUCUUGUUUUUUUAAAAUUGCCGUACAAAAGUUGGCACAAGUUGUCAUGCCAAGUGUAUCAAAAUAUGAAUGCACUAAUGUGUUUAACUCCUUGAGCAAGACAACCAUUAAAGGGUUUUAAUAAUACUAGCUACAAUAUUUGGUCAUCUUGAUCAUUUCUGAUCAGCUAACCAUGUCUGAGAUUCCUGGAGUAAUCCAUUGUUUAGCAUGAGCUGUAAACCUUUUAUAUUGUCACUCUCAUUUCUGAAGUACCUGCUACAUAUCAGUGCUUGAUCUGAAUAUACCACCAAUCUGCCCUGCUCAACUUGUUCAUUCUGCUGUUGCUUUUAUAGUUUCCAUGAUGAAGCGUAAAAUAUGGUUUAUGCUAAGUCCUUUUCAUGUGUUGUCAGAAAUCUUUUUUUGGUUCAAACCCCAUCUGGGCAGGUGCCUAUGCUAUUUCGUUGCACAUUGUGCAAUGACAAUAAAAGGCAUUUGAUUUGA